AUGUCUAGCUGUGUCACGCCGCCAACACAAACCAAUUGCCGAGCCAUGCCCAAGGAACUCUUGAAACCGAAGCAGACCAGGAAGCGAAUACCUAGGACUUGUGCGCAGGUUAGUUCAUACUCACAGAAAUUAUUAGUGUAUCUUAUCAACUCAUCACUGAUAUCGUUGUGUCAAUUGUCCCAGUGUAGGAAACGCAAACAGAAAUGCGACUCAUUGAAACCCUGUGCGGUUUGUAAACUCAGAGGUGAAGCCGAUUUAUGCGACUAUUCUGGUGCACAACCGACGCGUAUUUUGGAUGAAGAAGACGAAGCUAGCAAUCAGGUGUCAACCGAAGAACUGAAGGUCCUUCAUCAACAAGUGAACGACUUGGAGCAUGCAGUCAUUCUCGCCGUCAAUCGCCCACUCGGCGAUACAAGCCCCCCGCUGGGCACCAACGAUGUCACUCCUCGGUUGGCAAUAGAUAUGGAUGAAUUGAAUCUCACCAGCAUCUUAUCCAGCUUUUUGGUGUGUAGGAUGGUCUCAACUGAGUUGACUCAAGAAUUUCCAAUCAUCCAAAAGAUUCGCCGCCAGUGUCGGUUAGAGCAAAAUUUGCCACCAGUUUCGCACCCGAAUGUUUACGCAUCUAGUGGCUUGUCGACGUAUUUUGGCAACCAGCUCAACAAUAGUCAUUACACCGAACUACGGAAGCGAUUGCCGACCCAAGAGCAAUCGACAGUCUUUCUGGCGACGUAUAUGAAAGAGUUCGGGUGGUAUCAUUCAUGCUUUAACGCUACGGCGUACUCGAUGGCCCUCGAAAGCUUGUAUGCAGCCCCUACCACUGGGUCCGAAUUCGAAAAAGACCUACAUGCCAUAAUUACCAUAGCUACCUGCUUCGCCAUCGCUCGGGCGGCUAUCGUCAAGGUGUCAUCCCAAUCUUCCAUUGAGCUUAAUUUGCCCAUCGGCCCUUCCGAUCGUCUAGAGCAGUCUAAAAUGUGGCUUGAUAUGAGUGUAGCUUGUUUGAAAUGUGCUGACUUCGAAGUCAACCCGCUACUGGAAUCAGUCAACUGUUUGAUCAUCUUACUCGAGGUCGCAUGGUUUGAUGAAAUUUUAGGUGGGAUUGAAGACCUAUCGAGAUUGUUUGAUUUGAAAUGUAAAGCGAUCCACUUGGCCUAUGACUUGUCUUUACAUCGAGAUCCGUCGCAUCGAGAUCCGACUGGCACGGUGCACGUGAACCCGACGAUUGCAAGGGAACGGCGGAUGGUCUGGUGGGCUCUUUUAUCGAUCGACGGUCUCUACAGUGGUCUGACCGGCCGCAUGCCGUCCAUCAACGGGCUGGAGGCCGCUGACGUCUUCUUACCAGCGCUUGGCACCACUGCUUUUCCUGAAGAAGCUCAUGAGGGAUGCGAGCAAGGGUGUACAACUUCGACCCCGGCCACAGCUAUCCAGCCUCGCCUACUCAUUGGCUACGUCGGUCAUGAGAUUUCCCGUUUACCGUUCCAAAGAACUCCAUUGCCGACAAUCAAUGACAUUCACCAAGCGCAUCGUGACCUAGUCUCGCUUGAAGCCCAACUUCCCGAUUCUCACAAGCUACAUACCAUAAACGGACAUUGCAUUGAUCGAACUCGCCUCCCGCAAUGUUCGAAAGCAAGAAGAGAUGCGAUCUGUUUCUAUAUGAGGUAUCAUUAUUUGUGUGUUAAACUUCAUAGUCCCUUGCAUUUCAUUAGAAAAGGCGAUGAUUUCUCCGGAUUCGAAGCCAAACAUUCCUAUCACCGCUCAGCUGUGGUUGAUCAUGCUUACUUAAGAAUUCUAGGCAAUUUCAGUCCUGAUUACAUCUACGGAAAUAGUAUGAUUAUUGAGGCCUCGUUUUCGCUUGCAUUGGAUUAUCUGUAUGAUCCCAAAAGCAAGGUCUCAAAUAUGAUCAAAGUUGAACUACAAAACUACUGUAAAUCUUUGCAAAGCAGUAAAGUAUGGUUGAUUAAGCGAGGUCUCAAUAUCCUGGAAUGUUUGAUGGUCACUUGGGGCUCUCCUCCGCCCAAUGGAACGAUUAGUUGGUUCUCAUUCAACCGCCCAACUCUUUCACCUAACAACUGGAUUCAGGGGCCCUGCCAUCAGCCGCGUGAGAUUACGAACUUCUCAGGGACAGGCGAGACUCAAAGCCAACUCGAAAGACUCCAUCGAGUGGAGCCGUCAUUGAAAGUACCCGACUCGCCUGAUCAAUUAACCAGUGGACAACAUGCUAUGAACCACGCCUCUUGGCGUCCACCUGGCAGUGGGACUAUGAUCAGCCCCCAUUUGCCGCCCGCCCCGCCACCUGCUCAGACAGUCUCCUCUCAUUUUCAACAAGUCCAGUCCCGCCAACAGCAGCAUCAACCACAAAUGCCGGAUUACAAUUCUGGCAUCUCUGAGAAUCCGAGCGAGUUUUCUCAGUUCAAUCAGCCUGGCCAUUCCCAGCCCCAGCAAAUUGUACAUCCAGACCCAUUCCACCAAUUCUCGAUCCUGCCCACAACCUCUGCUCACGGUAAUCUAGAUGGAUAUUGUGAGAACAGCAACAUCAGUUGUGACGCAAACCGCCACAACAGCACCACCGUGGUAGCCAAAAACAGGUUGAAUCUCAACAACUUCCUCGGUGGUGGCAAUGUAAAUCAGCAUCCUGGUUUGGCCUCCGGCCAUCAACACCCCGUGGCUCAGCAUCACCAGCUGAGCCUUCCUUCAACUCUUCAGCCCUCUGGUUCAGCUGAUCAUUCUAGCCAUGACCAUAGUCAACUCCUGCCUCAUCAUCCUUAUGAACAACCCCAUCAUCAUCAACAGUUGCACGAUCAGUUCUCUAAUCCUGUCAUCCCAAGCCGUUGUCUUGAACAGCAACAGCAACAACAACAACAGCCCCAGCAUUGCCAGCAACAUUACCAGCAUUACCCCCCAACCCAUGCCAAAUGGUAA